GAGGCCUACGACGCCAUCAUGGACAAAGGCGACAUCAGGGACACCAAUGAUUUGGAGAAGCUGCAGAAGCACUGGGCGCUCGCGGAGGCUAUCGGCGCCAUCGUUGAGCAGCCGCUCAAGAGCAUCCCGUCGGACAAGCUAGAGUUCAAGCUCGAGAUUACGAGUCACAAGGCGACCUCGAUGCAGGUCGCGACGGCGAAUGGCAGUGACAGCGCCAGCUCUAUCUUCCACAGCAUCGCCCCCUGGGACAUCCGCGACGUGACAGGCGAGACUUUCGUUGAAACCUUUAAGCCGAGGGCCCUGAGAACGAUGGGACUCGACGGCAGCAGGAUGGAUAAGCUCAGUCUUGCCGACAGCUUCAUGUUCGAGAUGUUCAACUACCAUGUGAAGCAGGUUGCCGCUGGGAUAGGUGCUUUUAAGUCCUUCGCCAAAAACGUCUUGGAUUGGUUGGGUGAGAACUGCCCUGAAAAUGAAUCGCACGAUGAAUUUAUCGGCAAUGUGGUCAGCUGCUGCAAAGUCUUGGUCUCCAUCAGCGACAAGCAGAGCAAAGCAUGCUACGACGCGGCGGUCCGCUUGGGAAGCGCGCGCGGAUCUGAAUCGCCGACGGUCUGUUUUAAGCAGUUGAAUCUUGCACUGAAGCGUUCCACCUUCUACACUGCCUUGAAGGGCGGGUUCGUGAGCUUCUACCAGAAGACGCCAGGGUCAUUCGACGAUUUCGAGCGUCGCUUGGGGGCGAAGUGCGAAGCCUACGUGCACACCCUCACCGUGGACAAGACGUUCGAGAAGCUUGACAAGACCGUCGGACUGCCAAAGAAGAAGCACGUGUGGGAGCAGGCAGCCGAUAGCCUGAGCCAGUACGAGCCGGAGCUAAGCAUGUUCAACGCGACCCAACGCAUGUCAGAGCUGGCCUUUCGGCUUACCCCGACCAUGCUUGGCGAUCCCAGGGGGCGCCAGAACGUCAUCCCCAUGCUGGGCUCCGCGCUGGCUGCUGGUGGAAGGAGCUCCGAGGCCCAUCGGGGGAGCGCGAAGAAGUGCAAGGAUGUCAAGCUUGAGUGCGUGUGCUCCUGCGCGAGCCCAGCUGACGCAGAGCCCUACGCAAUCAUCUUCAAUAAGAUCUGCGAGGCCGAGUGGCUCCCGCGUGAGGACCAGCAAGAUUUGAGGGCGGAUAUCUCCAUGCUCGAGCUCUGGCCACACCUGGAGACCAACCGCAACCAAUGGGCCCAACUCGGAGACGACAUGAUUCCGCGCCUCGAACACCCAGAGUCCCCAAGCACCUUCACGGCAUUCAAAUCAUACUUGGUGAAGGCGUCCGCACAUGAGGCGACCAUCGACCUGAUCCCCGCCCUCAAGACGACGUGCGGUUUCUGCCUGGUUAUCGAGGGCGACGUCAAGAUUGCCUCUAAAGUUUGGGCUGCGGAUCGCGUGCGCAACAGACUCAAUGAGCCCAAGCCGCAGGCUAAGGGGGGCGCCGACUGGGAGACGCCAUGGUGCACUGGUCUGGACGCAACGACUGAUGAGAAGACGACCCUGAAGCGAGCCGAAAAAACGGUGCUGAAGGUCAAGAGCAAACAGUUCGAGAUGCUCAUCGCUGAGACCGUCAAGACCGUCGACAAUCUCAAAAUGUGGAGUACCUUGGCAGGGUUCAAGGUCGACGGCGGGCUGCUCACAGAGGCUACAGGCGUGAUCAACAAUGCCAGUGCGACGAAGUACACCGCUCUCAUGCUGCGCGCGUUCAAGGAGGCGGGCGCCGUGACUCCGAAGCUCAAGAGGGUCAUCGGCACCUGCAGGAAGGCCAUCAACGACCAGAAGCUCGACGGCGAUCUAUACCCGCAGGUCGCGAGCUGGGCGAAGUCGCUCUGCUCGUUCAAGGCUUGA